AUGACCGGCGACGACCGCUGUCUCGCCUUCACGUCCGUGCUCCAGCACUACCUCCACGAGCUCUCACCACGCCCACGGUCCAGCAUCGGCGGCGCAGUCGAGCCUCAUCUUUUGAACGCGCAGCUCGGCAAGAGCAUCCAGGGCUUCCGCGGCAACCGACAGCAGGACGCAGAGGAGUGGUUCCAGCUCAUCAUGGAGCUCUGCGAAGACGAGUACAAGAAGACACAGCCCAAAGGCUCGCUUUUCGACCUCAUCGGACGCGCGCCGGCCGAGAGCCGCAACCCGUUCUACGGCCUGAGCGGCACACUCCUCGAGUGUACGCGCUGCCACAUGCGCAAGCCCAUGUGGACCGAUCGGUUCCUCGACCUCAAGCUCUCGCUGUGCGCUAGUAUGGACGGCCGCCAUGUCUUCAACCACCUCCGCGAGUCGUGGCGCCAUCACACGAGCAUGGAACGCAUCGACGGCGUCGAGUGCACCAAUUGCACGCUGCGUGCGCUCCUCGCUGUCGUGGAGGAGCAGCGGGACGCACUCGCGACCGGCGAUCCCAUGGAGUUUGUCGAUGUGCCCUCGCUCUGGGAAGGCGGUGACGCCCGCAGUCUCCUCCGCGCAGACGUGCUCGAGUGGCGACAGAACCUUCUCGAUAUCCUCGGGACGCGCCUUGCGUCGACCAAUGGCGUGUGCGACCUCGACAUGGACGGCUCGGGCUGGACGGACAACGAAGGUCUCUGGCUCGACAAGAACGGCAUUGAGGACCCCCGCGCGUGCCGACGAACGUAUGCGCCCUUUCUGCGCCACGUCCGGCUCAUGCGGUGCCCCGACGUGCUCGCGUUCCACAUCAACCGCAACGUGUUUCUGCACGACGCCAUGGUCAAGCUCGACUCGUACCUCCGUUUUGAGUCGACGUUAUUGGCGCAGGAUUUGCUUCUCGACGACGACACCAAAGAGCACACCUACGAUCAACUCAUCUACGAUGCGAUCGCGGUCAUUGUGCACCACGGGAACGAACGGGGCGGCCACUACACGUGCUAUCGCCGGCUGGCGCCCGGUCGGUGGGUUCACGUCUCGGACGACCGCGUCGUCGAGGUGCCGACGACCGAAGUUGCCCGCGCCAAAGCCUACAUGCUCUUUUACGAGCGCCGAUAG